AUGAUUUGGAAAUUAACUAAGGAAGACAAAAUAAUAAGUAACAAUUUUACAAAUUUAUGGUAUAAAAAUGUGAACCUAAUUUCAGAUAGUGAAAUAUAUACUAGUGAGAUAGAUGAUGAAACAAAUUCCAGCAAUAAUGAAAGUGCAGUUGAGAUCAUUGAACAGCUGUCAAAAAUAUUAGAUGAG